AUGAAUAUCGAUCUUUGGAAGAUAGCGCUGAAAAACGCAAAAAUCUUAACCAAAUAUCAAGAUGUUUUGUUUGGAUUCGAGCACGGUUUCCAUCAAGGAAUACCUACCCAUAAACUUGGCAAUCUGCGCUGGUUCACCCCAGAUAACCAUCGGUCGGCAAUUUUGGCGGAAAAGAAGAUCAGAGAAUCAAUGGAUAAAGAACUACAACAAAAAAGAAUGUUCGGGCCGUUUGACUGGGAGGAAGUCAGCCGGAAAUUUAGUUUCUUUAGGACAAAUCCUUUAGGAGCGGUUGUCAACGGUGACGGGUCAGUUCGACCGAUAAAUGACUUGUCAUUUCCUCACGGAGAUCCCUCGACACCUUCAGUGAAUUCCUUCGUGAAUAAAGACAAUUUUGAGACCACGUGGGACGAUUUUAAUGAAGUUUCAUCGUUUUUCAGAAGUUGUGAUGGCCCGGUACUCCUUGCGCUAUUCGAUUGGGAAAAGGCGUACCGUCAAAUCCCUACCCGUCCAUCGCAAUGGCCCUACUUGAUGGUAAAAGGUAUGGAUGGGAACCUGUAUUUAGAUACUAGGAUAACCUUUGGUGGCGUGGCAGGCUGCGGCUCUUUUGGAAGGCCGGCAGACGCGUGGAAAGAGAUCAUGUUUGCCGAGUUUGACUUGGUAAAAGUGUUUCGCUGGGUCGAUGACAAUCUUUUCAUCAAAAAGCCUACCUCGACUACGGACAUGAAGGAUAUUGUGAAACGGUCUACCGAUUUAGGAGUUCUGACAAACUUGAAGAAAUGUUCAAUAUUUUCAGAUGAACAGAAAUUUAUUGGAUUUCUGUGGAAUGGAGCGAACAAGACUGUACGACUUCCACAAGAAAAAUUAAAUCAAAGAAAAUCACAAAUUGAAGAAUUCCUAGAUACAUCGAGGAAAUUUUCUUUCAACGAGGUUGAGGUCCUGACAGGACGUCUCAAUCACGUAUCUUACAUGUUACCUCAGCUGAGGUGUUAUUUGAGGAGCCUCUACAGAUGGAUGCUGGAUUGGUUCGACAUACACGCAAAGAGAUACGCACCCAAUGAUGUCCUAGAAGAUCUCAACCGAUGGAAAAAUACAUUAAACACUUUCAAACACGAACGGCUCAUCAGCGUAGAAGAACCCAUCGAUAUAGGUUGGGUAGGAGAUGCGUCGACUAGUUUUGGUAUCGGGGUUGUGAUUGGGAAAUACUGGUCUCAAUUGAGAAUUUUAAAACCUCGCAACCAACAAUCUCGGAAAUGGAACAUCGCUUGGCUUGAAACGGCGGCUGUAAGGGCAGGGUUGUUAAUGUUACAAGCGUUAAACCGUUUGAAGAAAGGGUCUAACGUGCUGGUGUGGACUGAUAAUACAACCACCGAGUCAGCAAUCCUUAAGAGGAAAUCUGGGGACGACACUGUAAAUGAAGAGUGGAAAUUGAUACAGGAUUUCCUAAUGGAGAAUGAGAUUGACUUAACCGGAAAACGGGUCAAAUCUGGCGACAACGUAGCAGACAAUUUAUCCAGGGGUCGGAUUGAAAUGAGUGAACCUUCAAAUUUAAUCAUCAUCGAUAACGAACCUUUAACAGUAGGACAUUUAAAUAAAAUCAAAGCGUUUGUUGCAAAUGGUACAACUCAUUACCCAGUAUCUACUCUGAACGCACACCUUCUAACAGGCUGGAAGUGGAAUACAAUCCUUGGCUAUAAUGCGGCCGUGAAAAAGUUUAUAUUCUUUAAGAAUCUAUCGGGGAACCAUAAUUUCAAGUUACCGACCUCGACGAAAGACAUAGAAGAUUUUUGUUUUUGGGCAGGAAGGAACCUUUACCUCAAUAACUCGUACAAAAUAUCAUCGGCUUCGAUAAAGAAAUACUUGUGUGGCCUGAAGGCGUGGCAUACAUUCCAUAGUCAGGAUUAUCCGGACAUCUCAGACAAAAGAAUCGAAUUAUUACUGAAGGCAUCGGCUAGGAUCGAUGCGACCAUACCGGCGAAACCGAAGAAACCGCCGAUAUUACUUAAACAUUUAAUUUGGCUCGCAAAUGCCCUGUUUCCAGGAGGAGACAUUGAUAAAUCCAUCAUGGAUCUCGCGAUCGUAGCUUUUUGGGGGAUGGCUAGAAUCGGCGAAUUAACAUACGCAAAUACCUCGGGCGAUCUGAAUAAUGAGGAUUCAGUUCUGACUUCAGACGUACGAAUUGUUAGAUCAGCAAUUGGAGAAAAAGUUAUCCUCACGGUCCGAAACGCGAAAACUGCACAACCAGGCAAACCACAAGAAAUUGUGUUACAUAGUUUGAAGAAUAUGCUUUGCCCAGUGUUAGCCAUAAAAAGACGUUUAGAAGAGGCGGACGGAGCGAAAACCUCGUUGUUUGGUUUUUCGAGAGACGGCGUACGACGACAUAUGACAAGGUCAAUCGCGGUCAACAGGAUUCAACUAGUAUUACGAGCGGGCGGUUUUGAAGGUCUCCUUGGACAUUCUUUUCGAGUCGGAGGAGCGUCAUUGCGCUACGCUUUAGGAACGCCAGUUGAAGAAAUCUGUCUUUUAGGCAGAUGGAUUUCAAACUGCUACAGGUUAUACAUUAGGGAAUAUAGCGUAGAAGAUAAAUUAGAUAGUAAAAGGAUUUUAGAUGAAUUGAACGAGUUGUGGGAAGAGGAUUAG